AUGGAGUGGACUCGAGGAAAGCCUCUAGGUCAGGGAAGCUUUGGAGAGGUGUAUCUCGCCAUCCCGACGGACCCCAAGAAGCCAAAGAUGGCGGUGAAAUCGGUGCCAGAAGACAAGAAGGAGUCUCUAACCGCCGAGCAUCAAAUUCUGGAAAAGUUCAGCGGUGUUCACGGGAUUGUCCGGUGUCUCGGCGGCGGGCUGUCCGAGGAACUAAAUCCAGUAGACGGGUUAAGGCGUUAUGAUUUGCUUUUGGAGUACGCUUCCGGCGGUUCGCUGAUGGAAUUGAUCGCUCGGUACGGCCGCGGAGUAGGAGCGGGAAUCCCUCGAAGACACGUUAGGGUUUACACCCUUACGCUCCUCAGAGCACUCUCCUCCAUCCACUCUCUCGGGUACGUCCACUGCGACAUCAAGCCCAGCAACAUUCUCGUCUUCCCGAGGGAAGGAGAGGCGAUUCCCGAAGUGAAGGUGGCUGACUUCGGUUUCGCGACGGUUUCGGGCAGCAAGAAUUUCAGGGGCUCGCUGAGAUACAUGCCGCCUGAGGUGUUGGCUGACCGGACGGUGACUGGGGCCAUGGAUAUAUGGGCGCUGGGCUGCACGGUGCUCGAAAUGCUCACCGGGGAGAUGCCGUGGGAUAGGUUGGACGACGAUCGGGAUGUGUUCAGGGAGAUCAGGAAAGGAUGCCGGCCGGAGAUUCCGGGGUGGUUGUCGGGAGACGCGAAGGAUUUCCUGAACAAGUGCUUCGCGAAGAAUUACAUCUGCCGCAGCGAUGCGGAUUCGCUGCUCAGACAUCCUUUCGUGGCACAGGACAGCGAAAAGACGACGACGAGGAUGAAAACGGUGAUCGAAGAAGUGCAGCAGAAACAGAGGAGACAUGGAGGAGCUGCUGGUUUCCUUCCUCAGAGAAUUUCCCGUCAAUGCGGACCUGUUUUGCUCUUCUGA